CAUUUCAUCUGACCAUAGCCUAACCCAUUUUUAAACUUGCAGAGGAAGUGGGGCUCUCUAUGUUCGCUCUUGCGGAUGGGGAGCUUGUUGUUCCCUCAGCCUUCUUCUUCUCCUAUACGCUUCACUUGGUGGGCAGUUCUCCGUCUCGGUUUUAACCCUGGAUUAUAAAGGAGGAGUUUGCAGCAUAGAGGCGCCUAUACCCCAACUGGCCUGAUAGAGUCUGGCAGAGACUGUAUGAUCCGGGACAGUAGACUGACCUCACAUAGUGUUUGAUUUGGACAAAAGGACGAGCUGAUACAAUCUGGCAACAUGGUUGUUGCGGGCUGCACGAAAUGCAUUAAAUAUAUGUUAUUUUUCUUUAAUUUUAUUUUCUGGCUGGCCGGAGGUGUGAUCUUAGGAGUGGCUCUGUGGCUCCGCCAUGACAGUAAAACCAGCAACCUCCUCAUACUCCAGUUUGAAGGCCAGCAGGCACCAAGCACCUUCUAUAUCAGUGUGUACAUACUGAUAGCUGUCGGGGCUGUGAUGAUGCUUGUGGGCUUCCUUGGUUGUUACGGUGCCAUUCAAGAAUCUCAGUGCCUGUUGGGAACAUUCUUCUUCUUUUUGGUGAUCCUCUUUGCCUGUGAAGUGGCUGCAGCAAUGUGGGGUUUCAUGAACAGGGACACAAUCUCCAAAGAACUGAUCAAUUUCUAUGACUCCGCGUACAUCAAAGCUGUGGACGUCUCAGGGACUCCCAGUAAAGACGCUGCCAUCAAGGUGCUGGAAGUCUUCCACACUACGCUCGACUGCUGUGGUAAAGGAGACGACACCGCUCUCUUCAAACAAGUCGUCGGCACCUUGUGUCCCAGAAAGUCUCCAGAUGAUUUUCUGAAAUCUCAGAGCUGUCACGAUAAACUGAUUGAGCUGUUCUCGGAGAAGCUCUACCUGAUUGGUCUGGCUGCGUUGGUGGUUGCUGUUAUCAUGAUUUUCGAGAUGAUCUUCACCAUGGUGCUCUGUUGUGGGAUCCGUAACAGCCCUGGAGUAUACUAGGAGUUCAACAAGCAACAUCAGCUUAUAAUCAAAUUAUUUGAUUAUGUGUUUCUAUGCAUCGGCAUUCUUUUCCUUAUUAUUAUAACAUAAGAUGGCUAGCUCUCUUUUUUAUUCUAGAUUAGAAAACACAACUUGUUUUUAAUAUUGCUAUUCCAUCAACACUCUUUCUUACACAAUAAUUUAGCUUCUCUCAGUCAGACGUUCUUUAUUUAUCUCACGCUUCAUAUAAAUCUUUUAUACAUACGGUAUGUUGUGAAAUAUCUCUCUGAGGUCAAAAUGCUGUUUCUGUGGAUGUAUAAAUUGUAAAUAUACUUGUCAUAUGUUAAUAACACUUAGGAGAGUGCCUGUAUUCCCUGAUUAAUUGUUUGUGUUGCAUCUCGCUGCAGUGUUACAGUGUUAUAAUUUAAACAGCAGGGUUUCAGUGGUCUGAUGUAAUGUACUUUCUACUCUAAUGAUGAUCAGGGUGACGAGUUAGCCUUCGUGUUGUUCAGUCGACUCUGUCUCUUCUUUGUGCCUAAUGAACAACCUUCAUGCGUUCUCUCCUUUAUUAACUUGUGAAAAACCCGUCUUUUAAUAAAUAAUGAUGUCCUCUUCUGCAACCUGUUUUAAGAAUACUAAUACAUUUUGUCACCCUUCUCUUUUUUUUGGUGGAGCAUCCACUACACCGUUUCCCAACCUUUAAUUUUGCUUGUGACUCCAUAAGAUGAAGCAAUUUCUUCUUCCACGUCUAUAAAUUGUGAUCAGUUCAAUCAGAGAGGGAUUUUCACUUUUUAGAUUAUUUCAUUUGAAUAACUUCUAGACGUCUAAAGAGGUAGAACGGUAGUAUUUUUCAACAAAAAAAAAGAGAGAGAGCAAUGAAUGAGAGAAAAGUA